GCGAGUCCGGCGACUGGAUCGCCAGUUGUCUCCCCGUACGUAGGCGGCUUGCACCCGUCAGUUGUCGGAGCAGAUCGCGAGAUCCAGGCGUGGCUCGAUGACGCAGGGCUCCGCGCUUACAACCCCCCUUUGCCCACUCACGUUUCUGGCACGACGAUUGAUCUGUUCUUGGGGCCUGCCGAAGCUAACCUUCCUGUGUCUGUCUUUGAUGAGUUCGUGGGCCUAUCGGACCACAAGCUUGUCCAGGUCGACGUUCCCUUCUCCCCGGCCCUUUCGCGGUCUGCGGGCUUUGGGCGGGUGUCCUGGACGUCUGGGGACGAGUGGGCGUCCGCGCUCGAAAGUAUUUCGGAUCUGCUGGGCGCGCUAGCGGACGCUGUGGAGCAGGCCGCCAGAAGCACGCGGCUUAGGCCGCCCUGGUUUGGGGGUAGCGCCACUCGUCUGCAGCGCCGAGCUGUGCUCAACAACGCGGCUUGGGCGAGGGACGCCACUUACGUCUUAGUAGGUCGCGCUGCCGGGGCCGCGAAGGUGAGCCGCGUUGGUACUCGCGAGGGGCGCGCGCAUCCACGAGCUCCUUUGAGUCCCGCGUCUUUCCCGACGCACGAGGCGUACAAGUCCGCUGUGGAGACUGCUGCGUGGCAGGAGCGGCGCAAAGCGGCCCACCGGUAUUUAUCCUUGAGGGACACGAACGCAGGCGCGGCGGAACGCUUCCUCACGGGCGUUUUCAAAUCUUCAGCCCGGUUCGACAUGCAGCUAGUGGACGAGUCUUCUGGCGCGGCUCUCUCGACAGAUGAGGUGCUCGACGCCAUCCGUAGGGACCUUUGCUCGCGCGCCGAGAACGACUUCCCGCAGGACCCAGCCGAACGCACGCGCAUGUCAAGCCAUGUCGCUGCCAUCCGUCGUGCUGGCGCGAGCUCCGGCCAAGCGGGGCCAGAGCAGCCGUACUCGGAAGAGGAAGUCGAGGCGGCCCUUGCGCUGCUCAAGCCAGGCAAGCGAACCGCGCGCAUGUGCAACGCGGCGGCGCGUGCCAAGGUUGAGGAGGGUUUCCGUUUCACGCGCGCCCUGUUGAACCUGGCGCGCGCCUUGUGCGUUACCUCGCGUCUUUGGUCGUUGAGGCAGUUUUCCCCGAUCCGCAAAUCGGGGCCAGCGGUAGUGCGUCGGCUCUCUGCCCUGCGUCCAGUUUCAUUUGCCAGCGACAUGGCGUCGGUUCAAGACGCGGCCUGGCUGGCGCGCAACUCCCACUGCAUAGAGGCUUACUGUGGUCCAGCCCAGCAGGGAGGCGUCGGCGACGCCGUGUCUUUGGUAAUUGCGCUCGUCAUGAACGCCCAACUCAGAGCAGCGCAGGACCUUCUAACCUGGUGGGCGAUCGCGGACGAGAAAUGGGCGUUCGACGUCGCUUCCAUAGGUUGCGGCACCGCGCAAGGGCGACGCUUUUCGGUCCACGCCUUCAAUGCGCAGCUGCGCGCUCUCCCUGUGGAGAUCGAACAGGUUGCGGCGAUGGGGAAUGACUGUUUCGGCAAAUUGCUCCACGCUGCGCAAAGGGCGGAGGCCGCCCUCAAUAGGGUAAUCAUGGCGAGGGCGCGCCUGCAGGUGCUGCCCUGCGAUCACCCAGCGGCCGUAGUCCUUCGCGCGGCGAAGGAUAUGGGCACCCCGACAUGGGAGACCGCGGCGCUUCGGCUUCUGGGCCGCCUGCCCUCCCCGCCUGCUGACCUGCUAUGCCACGCCAUGUUUCCGCCUGAGAGGAUCGAGGCUGCGCGGAGGGAUCGCGCUGCCCGGAAGGAGGUGCUGAGGGAGUACCGGCUAGGUUGCGUGCGCCCGGCCUUGCUCCAGUACGACCGGGCUGCUUUUGUCGCGGCUUCAGAGCGGCCGAGUCUCACCUUCGCGGGCAGCAACGCUGAGCCGCAGCGGCCGGGGGCCCGCGACCGCUGCAGGAGCGCGAAAUGA